AUGCCCAUAGCAGACCAGCUCCUCUCCCAGGAGGUCAUUGGCCAGGAGACCUAUGCCAACAUCCAAGCUGCUACCACCAGUCAGACAAAAAUGAGGUCCCUGUUUGAGGGCCUGCGCUCAGCUGGAGCCCAGGGCAAAGUGGCCUUCUACCGGAUCCUGCAGGAACAGCAGCCCCACCUGGUGGAGGACCUGUGUACUGACAUCUGGCAAGAAGACUGUGUCCCAGGGCCUCUUGACCUUAUGGAGAUCAACCUGCCUCUCUCUCUCUCUCUCUCUCUCUCUCUCUCUCUCUCUCUCCUAGUGAAUAGGCAUAAGCCGUGGCUGGAGGCCUCCUAUCAUGGGGUCAUCACUGAGAACUCUGAGGUGGUCACACUGGACUCCCCUCUUAUAGCGAUCGACAAGGACGCCCCCACGCCCUACACAGGUGAGAUCUGUGGGUUCCACAUCCUGGGGUCGGAUGCUCCGUUUGAGGCGAUGGUUCUAAACAGGACGUCGGGGGCGGGGCAGCUGCGGGCGCGUGCACCAGUUGACUGUGAGCGUCAGCGGCAACAUUCUUUCCUGAUCCAGGCACACGACUGCGGAAUAGGAGCAGGGGGCCUUGGACACAAGAACUCCCACAAAGCGGAAGUCCAUGUGGAGGUAGAGGAUGUCAACGAGUUCUCUCCCGUCUUCUCAUUGGCUGAGUACCAUGCUGACAUCACGGAGGGGCGUGUCUAUGAUAGCAUCCUGCAGGUGUCAGCCAGUGAUGAGGACUGUUCCCCGCAGUACAGCCGAAUAUGUUCAUACCACAUCCUUAACGCAAACACACCCUUCGCCAUAGACCAGGACGGGAACGUCCGUAACACGGAGCGUCUGAGUGUUCAGGAGCGUGCCCAGUACACGCUGCAGGUGACGGCUUUCGACUGCGGCCAGAGAGAGUCUCCACAGCCUGCUACCAUACACAUCAAGGUCACGCCCGCAUGCAGACCAGGAUGGCACGGGUUUAGUAGGCGUGUGGAGUAUGGGGUUGCGCUGGGCAGUGUGGCCAUAUUUCCCAGAGUGCACCUGGAGCUGUGCGGUGUGGCGAUCUCUUCUCUGCGCGUCAUGGUGGAGCAGCUCACCACUCACACUCACCACACCUGCCACCGCCAGGACACGCAGCGCCUCUGUGGGCCGUCCUCUGACAUCACGGACCUGCUGCCGCCCCCCAGCCCCCCAGCCAAUUGGACGACUGCACUCGUGACGGAGGGGGGGCGGGGCAGUGACAUCGUCUUCCGCUUCGAGGGGCGGCAGGCGACCAAGCUCCCUGUUUGGGCGUUGCCAGGCAACUUGACGGAGCAGUUCACUAUCGCCACCUGGAUGAAACACGCAGCCAAUACCGGAGACAAGGAAACAAUACUGUGCAGCUCAUUCAAGACAGAGAUGAACAGACACCACUUCUCUCUGUAUGUGCACAAGUGUCGGCUGGUGUUUCUGAUGAGGACGAACAAUCUCCACUCAGGCUCCUUCAGGCCAACACACUUCCAUUGGAAACUACAACAGGUGUGCGACAAGGAGUGGCACCACUAUGCCGUCCAUGUUGCGUUUCCCACGGUGACAUUGUACGUGGACGGGGUGACCUAUGACCCCUACCUGCUGACAGAUGAUUGGCCCGAUGAUUGGCCAAUUCAUUCCCCUGCCGUCCACACCCAACUCACUGUGGGAGGCUGCUGGCAAGGUGGAGACGGCGGUGGGUUUGUGCAGUAUUUUCAUGGGAGCCUGUCAGGGCUGCGUGUGUUAACGGGCUGGAAUGAAGAACACACACUCCUCUCCUGCCUGCAGAGCUGCAGAGAGGGGCUAGACAUCAACGCCCUACACAACAUAGACAAGAACGUCAAGUUCCACUUUAGUCCUUCUCAGGCCCUGGUGGUGUUGGAGGGGGAGGGGGUGGAGGAGGUGGAGGAGGCCAUCAGGAGAGUGGCCUUCUUCAGCUCUCACACACACACCACCCCUGGAGCACGCAGAUACAGACUGGCAUCAUAUAUACAGUGUGUGGGUGAGGAGGAUGAGUGUAUCUCCAUCCCCGACAUUGAGGCGGUCGUCAUGGUGAUGUCGUCUGGCGAGCCCCUCAUCAGCAUCAGUGGGGCGGAGCAUCUGGCUAGCCCCGCCUCUCAGAUCAGAAGCCAGUCAGGAAUCAGCCUGUUCCCCGACCUCAACAUCAGCAGUAGCAUGUCAGGCUCUGGUUCUGAUGAUCUGGACUACUGUGAUAUCGUGGUGGAGGGGGAGGAUCUAAAGGCAGGACUAGAGAGCCUCCAGCUGAAGAGAGAGAUCUUAUUGGACCCUCAGCAGCAAAGACAGACCCGAUUGGAUAGUCACCUGGAGUACAACAACUCCAGCUCUGGGAUCUCCAUAUAUGGUGUUGCGUCUAUGGCUCUCUACAUAGAGCUGUUGCGGGCGGUGCGCUACGCUAACCUGCGUCCUGACAUCUCAGUGCGGCACUUCCGCCUCACCUGCUCCCAGCUCAGCGGCCGAUACACCUCAAACACACUCCAGCUGGAGGUCAACAUCCUGCACAGCUCACGGGCUGCUGAACAUGUCAAUCACAUGAAGGCCCCGCCCACAUUUACAAAGGAGGUCCAUCACCCCCUCAUGCUGCAAGCUGCCGAAAGUCCAGAUGUUUCGAGCAUGGCGGGGAGCGUCCUGCUGGUGUGUGUGUGUGUUCUGGUGCUGGUUGUGAUGGGUGGAGCCUACUGGAUCCAUGCGACACUGCAAGAGGCGAACACACACUCCGACACACACACACGUGCAGGAGAUCUCUGGCACAACCCUGCUGUCACCAUCACAGUCAACCCUAUGGAGAGUUUUGAGGAAGCCCUGGCAGCAGUAGGCCAGCUGAGUGAAGAUGAGGAGGAAGAGGAAGAGGAGGAAGAGGAUGACAUCAUCAGCGCUGACUCUGACAGCCAGGAAGAGGAGGAAGAUGAGGAGGAGCUACCCAGCAUGCACCAGGAGAGCAGGAGGAGGGCCCAACAGGACUGGGACAAUAUGGCACCUUUCUGAUCACACACACACACACACACACACAGGCCCAAACAUACAUGCGUGCGCGCGCACACACACACACACACACUAUGACUUACCAGCAUGUAACCGUUGUGGCAUUUGUUACCAGAAAAAAGAAAAACCUCAGGACU